CUUCCUUUCUUCUUUCUCCUCCAGCUCUCUAUUGUUUUCUUUCACAGUGUAGUCGUUCUUGUAAAAGUCCACUCUCUUCUUGGAUAUAUCGACGGUCUUGCUUCCCGCUCCGUUCCUGGGGAACCCGUCCUCGCUAAACUUUAUUCCCGUCUUCUGCUCGGAACGCGUUUGCCUUUCCCCUCACGUGCACCUGGAAGCUGCCCAGCUCUCCCUCGACGCGACUUUCUUCUCCCCAAUGCCAAUCGCCUCAAAUGAGGGUUGAAUCGUAAUGGCGUCCAAUUAUCUACGCCCUCUGGUUUCCGAGGCUCGCCUCUCGUCCUUUUCGUCGGCCCGUCGGUCUGCCACUAGCAUCCACGAUGCCAAGGCACUGCUAAACUACGGCCGCAAGUGGCACAAUUCGUUGGCUGCUUCAGCUCGCCGCGCUGUGCUACCGACCCUGGCCAAGCCUGCUGCUGUACAGCGCCUUGCGUCCUUCAAGACUGCUAUUCCGCUGCCUCCGCCUAGCCCAAAGAAGUAUUCGACUGUGGUCCUUCCACCCACCACUCCAUAUGGCGAGCUCAGUGUUGGCGUGCCCAAGGAAGUAUACCCUGGUGAACGCCGAGUUGCCGUCACCCCGGCCAAUGUCGUUGUUCUCUUGAAGAAGGGCUACUCCAAAGUCCUAGUUGAGCGAGGAGCCGGCGCUGAAGCUGAUUUCUUGGAUGAGGCUUACACCAAAGCUGGCGCAACCCUGGUGGAUGGGCCCCAGAGCAUCUGGUCCCAAGCUGACAUUGUCCUCAAGGUCCGAGGCCCAGCCUUGGAAGAAGUUGAGCAUAUCAAGGAGGGCCAGACUAUCAUUUCUCUCCUCCAGCCGGCCCAGAACAAGGAACUUGUCCAAAAGAUUGCCGACAGAAAGGCUACCAGCUUCGCCAUGGACAUGAUUCCAAGAAUCUCGCGUGCCCAGGUGUUUGACGCUCUGAGCAGUAUGGCUAACAUUGCUGGUUACAAGGCAGUCUUGGAAGCAUCCAACGUCUUUGGCCGAUUCCUAACAGGUCAAGUCACGGCUGCUGGCAAGAUUCCUCCCUGCAAGGUUCUUAUUAUCGGUGCUGGUGUUGCUGGUCUAAGUGCUAUUGCAACCGCUCGACGCAUGGGUGCCAUUGUCCGCGGAUUCGAUACUCGACCCGCGGCGAAAGAGCAAGUUCAAUCCCUUGGUGCUGAAUUCAUUGAAGUGGAAAUCGAAGAAGAUGGUUCCGGUGCUGGUGGCUAUGCCAAGGAGAUGAGCAAGGAAUUUAUCGAAGCCGAGAUGAAGCUGUUCAAGGAGCAAGCCAGAGAAGUGGACAUCAUCAUCACUACUGCCUUGAUUCCCGGAAAGCCUGCCCCCAAGCUCAUCAAGAUGGACAUGCUCGAUGUUAUGAAGCCUGGCAGCGUUGUAGUCGACUUGGCAGCUGAGGCUGGCGGUAACUGCGAGGCUACCAAGAAGGGCGAGAUGACUACGUACAACGAUGUGAAGAUUAUUGGAUAUACCGACCUCCCCUCUCGUUUGCCAACACAAUCUUCGACUCUAUACUCCAACAACAUUACCAAGUUCCUUCUGUCCAUGGCUCCCAAGGAGAAGGAGUUUGGCAUUGACCUUUCUGAUGAAGUCGUUCGAGGUGCCAUUGUAACUCAAAAGGGGGAUAUUCUUCCGCCUGCACCUCGUCCUCCACCACCACCUCCCGCUCCUAAGAAGGCCGUCGAGGAAAAGGUUGAAAUUGUCGAAUUGACACCCUGGCAAAAGAAGACUAGAGAGGUUGCUGGUGUCACCGCCGGUAUGACUGGUGCACUUGCUCUUGGUAAAUUUACUAGUCCUCUUCUCAUGAGCAAUGCCUUUACUUUUGCCCUGGCCAGUUUGAUCGGUUACCGCGUCGUUUGGGGUGUCCAGCCCGCAUUGCACUCUCCUCUUAUGAGUGUCACUAACGCUAUUUCCGGUAUGGUUGGUGUUGGUGGUCUCUUCAUCCUAGGCGGCGGAUACGCUCCCGAGACUAUUCCUCAAGCUUUUGGUGCCGCCAGUGUGCUGCUUGCAUUUGUCAACGUUGGUGGUGGUUUCGUCAUUACCAAGAGAAUGCUCGACAUGUUCAAGCGCCCAACUGAUCCUCCAGAGUAUCCCUGGCUAUAUGCCCUCCCCGCCGCUCUCUUUGGUGGUGGGUUCCUUGCAGCAGCCACAACUGGCACCGCUGGUCUCGUCCAAGCCGGUUACCUUGUCAGCUCCCUCCUCUGUAUUGGAUCCAUUUCUGGCCUUGCGUCUCAGACCACUGCCCGAAUGGGUAACAUGCUGGGCAUGCUGGGCGUUGCCUCUGGUGUGCUGGCUAGUUUGCUUGCUGCAGGCUUCACACCCGAAGUCCUUACCCAGUUUGGCUGCUUGGCCACUUUGGGAACCGUAGCCGGUUUCCUUAUUGGCAAACGUAUCACCCCUACCGAUCUACCACAGACUGUCGCCGCCCUUCACUCUGUUGUCGGUUUGGCCGCUGUACUCACUAGUAUUGGUAGUGUCAUGGCUGACAUUGCCGAUGUGAGCACGCUUCAUAUGGUAACAGCCUAUCUUGGAGUGGUUAUAGGAGGUAUUACAUUUACAGGUUCACUGGUUGCCUUUAUGAAGCUGGCUGGAAAAAUGUCUUCCAAGCCAACCAUUCUUCCCGGUCGCCAUGUUAUCAACUCAGGAUUGCUUGCCGGUAAUGCAGCAACCAUGGGUGCUUUCAUCACCAUGGCGCCAGGUAAUCCGGUGGUGGCUGCCGGAGCGCUCGCAGCUAGUACUAUCUUCAGUUUUGCAAAGGGAUACACGACGACAGCUGCCAUUGGUGGCGCCGACAUGCCAGUCGUUAUCACGGUACUGAAUGCAUAUAGUGGAUUUGCACUUGUGGCCGAAGGUUUCAUGCUGGAUAAUCCUCUAUUGACGACGGUUGGUGCUCUUAUAGGUGUCUCUGGUUCCAUUCUGUCGUACAUUAUGUGUAUCGCGAUGAACCGGUCUCUGACAAACGUUCUGUUUGGAGGUAUAUCAGCACCUGUGGCAACUGAAGAAUACAAACCACAGGGUGAAGUAACGCAGACAACUGCAGAGGACCUAGCCGAUGCACUGCUCAAUUCAGAGUCGGUUAUUCUGGUUGUGGGCUACGGCAUGGCUGUUGCCAAAGCUCAAUAUGCAAUAUCCGAUAUUGUGCAGCUGCUGAGAUCCAAGGGCAUUGCAGUGCGGUUUGCCAUUCAUCCUGUCGCGGGUCGUAUGCCUGGUCAAUGCAAUGUGCUCCUGGCCGAAGCAAGCGUCCCGUACGAUAUUGUCCUGGAAAUGGACGAGAUCAACGAUGACUUCUCCGACACUGACCUUGCCGUGGUGAUUGGCGCCAACGAUACUGUCAACCCUAUUGCUAUGGAAAAGGGUAGCGCUAUUGAAGGCAUGCCUGUUCUCCACGCCUGGAAGAGUAAGCAGGUCGUCAUUAUGAAGCGAGGUAUGGCUAGUGGUUAUGCGGAUGUUCCCAACCCCAUGUUCUACAUGCCAAACGCAAAGAUGCUCUUUGGUGAUGCUAGAGUGAGCUGUGAAGCUAUUAAGAAGGCCGUGGAAGCAAAGAUGUAGAUCUGCUGCGAUAGACUGCAUUAGAGCGAAUGUUCUGAUCCCCAUAUAUGCGGCUAGGCGAUAUUGGUUGACCUUUCUUUUUGUCUGUCGGAUCAUGCGUUGUGUGAUUUGCUUUCUUGGUUGACUUUCCUUUUAUGUCCUUUUUUGAGUAGUUGUCUUUUCUUCUUUUGAAUAUAUGACGUAUUGAAUGGAAUUGUGGUCCAUUGUGCAUUAAACAAAGAAAAAAAAAUAGUUGUUUCAAUUGCUUUCGAGUUCGUUAUGUACAAGAUCCUAGUUCCAACUUCCUACACACAUGCCGUUUCCCCCUUCU